GGCGACAUUUAGCAACCUCCAUAAUCUAGUCGUCAACCCCUUCCUCCAUCUCCCUCUCCGGCAACUCACCGCGAGCCUGGCCCCAGCUUCCUUACUCUCUCUCCGACGACUCCCCGCCAGCCCGCCCACCAUAUUCACCAGUCCCCUCCCCAUUGCAACCCACCACCUCCCCUCCCCGCCACAUCUCUCUCACUCCCUCCGCAACCCACCACAACCCGCCAGCCUGCUUGCACCGACCAACCUUCCGCCCGCCAGCUUGCGCCGACCAUCCCUCCCCCUCCCUCUCUCUCCGACCCUUCUGAUCCCGCUUUAUCUAUCUUCCCUUCCGUUCUUCUUCCACAGGUCUCUAUUUUGAUUUGUUAUUGGGCCGCUACUGUGGCAGUAGGGAGGAGGUUGAUGUUCAAUUUCUUUCCAAUCGGUUUGUGGCGUACAGAGAUGCGAGGGGUGGGGGUUUGAUAUGUAUUUUUUUGGGAUUAGUAUAUAUUUUUCGUUUAGUAUUGUUUUGCUACUUUUUUAUUGGUAUUGAUUAUCAUAGCAAUGGUAUUGUUUUUGUUGCAUUGGUAUUGUUUUUUGUCGCAAUGGUAUUGGUGUUUUGUGAAAUGGUAGUGUUUUUAUUUCUCGAAUGGUAUUGGUGUUUUUGCAAUGAUAGUGUUUUACGAAGUGGCAGUAGUUGUCUAAUGAAUUGGUAUUGAUUUCUUGUUUUUUUUUUGUUAUAAUGGUAUUUGUGUUUUUCGAAGUGUUAGUGAUUGUCUAAUGGAUUGAUAGUGAUUUCUUAUUUUUUCCCCAGAAAGAUUAAGAAAAAUAAGAAAAGAAAAUCUGGCUGGAGAUUACGGAAGUGAGAGAAAUAAAGAAAAUUAUAAUUAAAUUAAUAGAAUUUUGUAAUUGCCCAAAAUAUAUUUUAUUAAAAAAUUAAUUAAUACAAUUUUUUUUCAUACCAAUUUACGAGUGUUGUGAAAGCCGAGCCGGCUGGCCGGACCACCAAAACCGUCACGCGGCCAAAAAACUGGCUCAACUCAGCUAUUUAGCCGGACUGGUUCUUUGGGAUGGUCGGCGAGCGGCCGGAGCGGUUAACCGCUCGAGCCAUUCGCCCGGCUUUUCCCAUUGGGCCGGUUGGCUUAAUUAAAAAAAAAAACUAAAAAAUGAAAGAGGGGAGGAUCGGGCUCGGGCUGUCUGAAACUAACCCUAAUUCCAAAGUUCAAUUGUGCAGACUGAAAGAAGCCGCCGCUUCCUUCGCCUGUUCGCCAGUCCAAAUCUCCCCCGUGUCGUCGUUCCCCAUCGCCGGAAGCCAGUCCCCCGUCGCCAUCGUCGUCGUUCCCCGUAGGUCGCUCGUCGAUUUGGGGAAGCUAGCCCUUCGUCCCCCGUCGCCAUCGCGAGUCGCCAGCGACGAAACUGCUGCUCCUCUCCUGCACCCACCACUGCUGCCCUCCUCUGCACCGAUCUCUGCCGCACUCCCCUGCACCGUCCCCUUCUCCCACUAGGUAAGUGCUGCUGCCGUGAGUUAUUUAGUGAUUUAGAUUGAGUUAUUUAGAAGUAGAAAAUGUUAGAGGUUUUGAGUCAAAGUGAUGGAUGGUCUAAUGGCGGUGGUGGAGGGGCAAAUGUAUGUGAUGGGGCGUUCAUUCAUUCAUUAUCAUUAAGAACUUUCAGGAUGGUAGUGUUAGAUUUAUAAUUGUAUAUUUUUAAGACUUAAAGUGUAAUUUACUAAUUUAAUUAUGGUUUAUCAUUAUUAAGAAAGGUCCAAUAUUUAU